AUGCGGAUCACUCGGAAUUGCAGAGUCUCGGGCAGAAAAAUAGCCCGUGAAAUCGGAGUGAAUCGAGAAAGUGUUCGGUUGAUUGCAAAAAAUGAACUUAAUCUCAAGCCCUACAAGCUCCAAAAAGUGCAUCUUCUUACGGAUGACAUUAAGCGCGUGAGACUCCAAAGAUGCCGUCAGCUAAAGCGUCGGGCCGCAGGUCAAAAAUUGGAGCGUAUUCUCUUCACGGACGAAAAGAUAUUCACCAUCCAACAGGCGCACAAUCACCAAAAUGACAGAAGCUGUUCGGCUGAAGCUCAAGGUACCUCUGCAAUAAUCGAGCGCCGUCAAUGUGAGCAGUCUUUAAUGGCUUGGGGAGGAAUAUGCGCCACCGGCAAAACACCCCUUGUUUUCAUCGAUCAAGGGGUCAAAAUCAAUCAGGAAGUGAACCGCCGGGACAUUUUGGAAACUGUUGUGCUUCCGUGGGCCCACCAGCACUUCGGUGAUACUGAGUGA